GUGCGCGUGCGCGGGGGAUGGGCCGGAGGAACAGCUCGAGCCUCCGCGGGCGGAGCGCACGCUGCCGGCGUGAGAGCGAAUGGAACAGGAGAAGGAGCGCGCGCCCCACGAGGGGGCAGUCAAGGAAAAAGAAUGGUACCCAACUCAUGUGCAGUUGACAAUCCUUAGGGCUCAGAAUCUACAGGCCAAAGGACGCUCUGGCUUCAGCAGUGCAUAUGUGAUCAUCCGGCUCCAGAAACAGAAAUACAUGACCUCAGUGGUGCAUCACAACCUGAGUCCUGAAUGGAAAGAGGACUGCAUCCUUCGGUUGCCUGGUAAACUGGAUAUUUUGGAGGAUCCUGACCUCAUCUUAACAGUCAAGCAUCAUUCACAGUGGUUCGCAGACCAGUUCCUGGGCCAGAUAUCCAUUUCUCUGAAGCAGCUUUUCCAAGACAAAACCAAGAGGAACAAUGAGUGGUUCAUCUUGCAGUCCAAAAGCAGGAAGACCAACAAGUACCUUGGACAUCUACAACUCAGUAUUCAGUUCAUGGAGAUUUCAGGCCAGGACAGGGAGCCAGUUUUUCCAAGAGACAGUGGGUCAUGGUCAUCCUUCGGCAAAUUCCACAGCAGAUUAAUGAGCAAGAGAAGCAAGAUUUAUAAAGCAAAUCCCUUUCCUAUGCCCAGUAUUGGUGACUACAGCCAUGUUAAUGAAUCAGAGAAGGCAUCAGUUAUUGCCCCUAGUUCUUCAGGAUAUACAUUUCCAGCUAGAGCAUCACCUGUUAUGCUGACCCUGGAGACAGAUGUCAACACACAAGACAGUACUCAAGGCUUGGGGUUCAGACUUCAUUCCUGCCAAGAGAUAUUCCAGGAUUUAAAUCAAUGCACAGAUGGUAUCAGCUCGAUACCAAAGCAUUCGAGUAGCUAUCCAACCAUGUCACCUUCCUUACUCCGGCUGCCACACCAAGAGCCUCCAGACCUGGCCAGCAAGGCGCUUACUCCAUUCAGCAAAAAGAAAUCAAGCCUCCCGAAGGAAAGGGACUGUGAAGACUUUUGGGAGAUCUUUUCAGAGAACCUAGACUGUACAUCCCAGAACAGUCUACAUACGAACAAGACAUACAGCUCAUCUGCCCCUUCCUUCUCCCCAGAGCAGCAGGUUCCUAAAGAGCCUGCUUCAAAGAAACAGCAAAGAUCGUCAAAGGGCAUCCAUAGUUGUUAUGGUUCAUGUCUUAGCUGUUUAGGUUUAUCCCCUGAUGCAUGACUGUUCCUGCUGUAACAGCCUUUUUACUUACCAGCCUAUAUUUAAAAAAAAACUUGACCCAUAUAUACAUGCUAAACAUGUCUUUAAAAUGCAUCAUAUUUCAUGUAGAAGAAAAUGUCUGUUCCUUCCAUCAUCAUCCUACUGCUAUUCAUAGCUGGUACGGGCUUACUUCUGCACAGAUUCUGGGCUCCUGACUCCUAAGUUAUCCCAUGCUACAGACUUAAGAUGCACAACUACUAAAAAGAGUUUAUUAACUUUCUGUCAGGGAGAGAUCAACCUAAUGAUUUCCCUAAAACACAUUUAAUUCUGUAAUUUAUUAAAUAGUUAUAGGGUGCAGAACACAAUGCUGGUCAGUAAAAGUGAUAAGUACGUUUGAUCUGGCAUUCUAAUACCAUUCAGGGGAAAUAGGUAAGGGGUAUUUUAUGCACACACAGCCCUUUUGACUUUAUGAUAGGGAUAUAUAUCUACCUAUAUAUGGCCUGCAUGCGUACAGAUCUGGAGCACGUUGUCAGACAGACUAUGGUCCUCGAUAGUACUGUUCACGACUUGUGGUUUAAUAAAAAGGAGGACCUGCUCUGAGUGACUGUACUACCUUUGUGACCUUGGGUAUGUUACUUGUCAUCUCUGUGCCUCAGUUUCCUCAUCUUUAAAACGGGCAUUAAUUUAAAUAAUAUCUAGGAUCUCUUCCAGCCCUAAAUUUGCGAUCCCGUGACUUAACUCGGAUUUUCUUAGUGUGUCAUUUCAUGUGGACACUUUACAACAUGGCCAUUUUUACUUUGUUUCUCUUCUGAAACUUGACAGCAGUUUUUCUUGGCCUAUUGGACUAAGGACCAUUUCAGAGUCUCUGUAACUUUACAGAGUUCCAUAAUAUUGAGCCAGAUCACACCCUGUAGCCAGCACUGGAAAGAAACUAUACAUUCUUGUGAGCCAUGGUGUAAUUUUCUAACUGAUUUACACUUAGCCCAGAAACAUCCAUUUCCUGUAGCCUAGACAAGAAAAGUUGAACACUGCUGCUCCAUGUGGCCUACAAUGCUCCAGUGUCCAAACCACACUGAAGUGCAAUUGGGAAAUUUAACAAAAUAAAAAUACAAUAAAACAUCAAUAAUUCAUAUCUUAAAACUAAGUCCUUGUACACCAGCAAGGAUCCUUAUGUACAGAUUAGUGACCUCUUUUCUAUUUGAGUUUGACACCACUGCCUAGACCACUCUUCUAGGCCAAAUCUACAGGGUUAUAAACAAAUAUUAGUUCACUGAAUUUAGGUCCUUUGUCCCAUUCUAUCCACAACAGGUUGUAGAAAUGGUGCAAUGAUAUGAAGUCUGCAAGGUUGAAUCGAGAGUCCUACCAACCCUCAUUUAUGAAAUCAGUGGUAUGUAACAUUAUAAUGGUACAAAAUUUCAUGGGAAAUGAUCUAUACAUUAGCAAGAUGAAGAAAGGUAUCCUAGACCCUUUCAAGACUCUAGAGAACAGAGAACAAUGUCCUAACAGCUGUCCCCCGAUUCCCAUUAUUCAUUGGCUUAUUCCUAUGAGAACAGAGAUAUUAAUAUUUCAGAAAAUGAAAAUAUGUAUUAAUGCUUGGACAGCAGCAGAAAGAGAGGUAGGUGUGAUGAUAUGACAGAAAUUUUCAUGUAUUGCAUUUCUGGAGUGAGCUCCCAAACAUGGCAACUAAACUGGAAGGAGAGUCCAAGUUGGAAAUAAGUUGAUUCACUUUGCUUUCCAGAUCCUGCCUCUUAGUCUUACUGGCAGGAGAGGUGAGAAAUAAGCAAAUUAUCCCCUCAGCUGUUACACUAAAUUUCUCCUACGCUUUACCCUGUAGCCUUCAGAAAACAAACACAAAAAGCCUCUGGGAUGUGGCUAUCAGAAAUGAGUGAGGUCAGCAUGUUCACUGUUCUGGGGUUCCUGGGUGAUAAGAAGGAAGCUUAAAGAUUGAGAGAAAUCAGCCCAGUGCAAAGUGAUUAAGACUUGCUCUUGGCCUCAAAGGGCAGAACUAGGAAUAAUUUACAAUCCAUAUAGUACAGGCCCUUUGUUUUAUAAAGAGAAAUAACGUGCCCAAAGUGACAUGGGUGGUAAGUAGCAAACCCUGGCUUUAAACCUAGUUCCUCUAAAUCCAGUGUUUAUACUAUACCAUACUGCCUUCUGAAUAGCUAGCUGUUAACUUCUGCAUUUCCUCUGUCCCACAAGAGGGACUUUCUAGAAGGUUCUUCUUUAAUAUGAUCAAAAGCAUAUCUUUGAAAGUAAGACCUAGUGUUUAAAAUAGGGAAACACUAGAAGCUUUCCCAGUACAAAUAAGUUAGUAAGGAUGUUCCUUCUUCUCAAUAUCAUUUGACAUAAUUCUAGAAAUGCUAGCUAUAGCAAUAAUAGAGAACCAAAUUGAAGGUAUAAAUAAUGGCAAAGAGGAUACUUGCAGAACACAUAAUAUACUUAGAAAACCACAGAGAAUUGGUAAAGAAAGUAAGACUAUUAACAAUUUGAAUUAAGUAGCAGGAUACAAAAGCCACAAAAAUCAUCAGCAUUUUUAUGUGUUAUUAACAAAAAAUGAAAAUUCAAAAUUACAAAAUUCAUAAAAUAGGAGUUAAUUUGUCAACAUGAGACAAAUGAAACUAGAAAACACUUUACAGAAGAAAAGACAAAUAACUGAAGCGAUACUAUGCUAUUGGUUGGACUGUAGUAAUAUAAUAAAAAUGAUACUACC